AUGGAAGAGAUAGAUUUAUAUAAUCGGCUUAGCAUUUUGCAUGAUGAAUUAGGACAUUUAAAAAUUUUAAGUGAUAACAAUAAUUUUUAUCAGUGCUUUGCGGAAGAUGAAAACAUUAAUAAUGAAUUAUCUAAAGCUUUAGAAAAGAUUGAGUUAGGAAAACAAUUCGCAUUUUAUAAUUUGGGAAUAUCAAAAGAAGAUCAAGAACUAUUAUCAAAUAUAGAGAUUAUAGGGAAUGAGAAUAAAGUUAUAAGAUCAGAAGAAUGUAAAUAUUUCAAUCACUGUAUUCUAAAUGUAGUUGAGAAAACUAUUGCAGAAAAGAGUAUAAAAGUAAAUGCACAUCAAGCUAAUAUUUUAAUAAAUUAUAUUACAAAGAUAACCAACAAUAUAUUUGGAAAAAGUGAUGGUAGUGAAUUUGAGUUGAUUAUCAGAACUAUGAAUAAAUAUUCAGAUAAUCAUGAGACUAAUAGCUGUGAAUAUUGGCAUAUUGAUAAAAGUUAUGAAGAUAUAAUUAAAGAUAAUACCAGCAAAAUUAGGAAAUACAUUGGAAACAAAGUAUUCUUAAUACCGAUAAUAGAUAAUGAAAUAAGUAGUAAAAAAGAAGAGAUUAAAAAAUUAGGUUAUUUUAUUGAAAAUAAAAAACCUACAUUAAACCAAAAACAAACCGAACUCGAUCAAGCUAUAAGUAUUCAUGCAUCAUAUAAAAGUGAUUUAAGUGUUGCUGAGAGUGAAAAUUGUUGGCGUCACUCACCUGGAAGAUAUGAUCAAAAUUGUUUAAACAAAAAAGAAAAUUUAAGAGAUAAAGUUAAUCAUUGGAGUCGUUAUAAGAGUAAAUAUCAAAAUGAAAAAAAUGAUAUAGAGAGUGAUAUUAAAGCUUUUGAAGAUAAAAAACAAAAAAUUGCUAAUGAGAUAGCGGCUUUAGAAGAAAAAUCUAGAACUUUGUCUGAGAAUGAAGAUGUAAAUUAUCUAAAUAAGAUGUUAGACGGAGUUAUGUACUAUCAGCAUCAAGAGGACUUAGAGGACAUAAAUGUAAUAAAUGAUUCUUCUUAUGUACAUAGUAUAAAUCAAGUAGAAGCUACCUAUCAAAAUUAA